AUGACCGAAGUGCACAACGAGGAGACGCUGGUAUCAAGCUACCCAGUCUCACCAAGGCCUUGGCGGCAGCCCAUGUCGUCGCUCUCAACCAACCAGCGGUCGUACUCACAAAUGAGCUCGAAGGGAAUUUUUGGCGAUGAGUCUCCGCUGCUGCUUUCGCCGCUUCCAAAGUACCCCAACCGCCGACGGAGUAUCACGUUUGUCGACGAGACGGAGGCAACAGUCCGGGAGGAGCGACCACACUACACUGUGUUUGAGGUCACCAACACACCAGGUGGAACUCUGUCGGAAAGUCCUUCCAGACGGGCCAUUCUAAAACCGGCAUCAAGAGCCAUGAGCAGCACAGAUGGGACGACUGCCGGUAACGAGGGCAAGCGUCAUGACACCACAGCGCAUGCACCGGUAGUGUCCGCGAGAUCCCCGAUGCCAAAGCGAGCACGCUCCAAUAGCCGACAGCGUCGGAACGCACGUCGACGGCAGGCUGAGUUGCAGCAUGGGUUUUAUGAUGAUAGUUUUGUAGAGGAGUACGUUCUCAAGGCGAAGAAGGAGAUUGAGGGGGAAGAAGAGAAACGGGUGGAGGAAAAGUUGCGGCAGCAGGAAAAGGAGCGCGCGGAGGCCGAAAUGAAGGCAGCUCAAGCAACUGUCAAGGAUCAACGCGUUGCAACAGGCCAAAGAAUAUCUUCUUGCUACGGCGAAUGCGCGGUGUCUCUCGCCGGUGUGCGCAAGUACGGAACGUGGGGAAAGUGGUGCUGCCUCGCGACCGCGCCUUCAUUCCUCAAAGCGGGAGCUCGAUCUUAUUCAACAAACGGAUGA